GUUCAACUGGAAGAAUAGAUCAAUUCGAUACCGUUGAUACGAGACUGUGGCCUGACAUUGCCUUGCUGCAGGAUUGUCCCAUUUCUCUUGGGUCAAGGUGGAAGAGUCCGGGAAGACACGACGAACAAAGCAAAGCACGCAAAGAAAGACGGACUUUUGAAGUGCCGCCGCCACGAUGCCUUCAUCUAAUCCCGUUCGCGGGUUGCUGUUUGUGACCAUGCAACCCAAAGACACGUUAUCGCCAGACCUCUUCCACGACUGGUACAACAACGAACAUGGACCCAACAGGACUCGACUGUCGUUCAUGCCCAAUGGCUUUCGAUAUCGAGCCUUGGAUCUUUCGACACCCAAUGGCGGAACACAAUCCAAGCCCGAGUUCUUGGCCGUAUACGAUGCCACUGACAUGCACCAGUUCACGGAACAGCCAUACCAGUACUUGCGCGCACCACCCGGCAAGACGCAGCGGGAGAUAGAUGUCAUGGCACAGAUUUGGGUUGAUCGAUAUACGUUGGAUUUUGUGGGCGAGCAAGUCAACGACAAGACCUUUGUGAAACUCGAGUCACCUGAGCACUUCAAGGAGAACCAAGAAGGAAAUCUCUUGACGACGUGCAGACUUCGUCUCUCCCCGGAUCAGCUGUCAAACGCGCAGGACUGGAUUGAGAAGAAAGUGCUCUCGAAAGUAAGACAGAUUCCGGGAUGGAGAAAAACGUCGUGGUUCAAGACUUCGUACCUCGAACCCCGUGAUGACGGCCAGGUCGAUUUCGUCUUGAUCAACGACUUCACGCCGUCGACGGACCUGUCGUCUUUCAGCAACGUGUAUGAUGGCGCACCCUCCGCGGACGCCAUAUUGAGAAAGUACGAGCUCUUCUACACUUUCGGGACUGCAGCUCGUCACUUGGCGAUCGUGGCGCCCUGGGUAUCCCCCGACGGUGUGACCAAGACGAUACCAAAGGUCGAACCAUUCGGGUCGGCGAUUGAAUCAACGGUAACGACGAGUGACGGCGCGCUUCUCCCGUUCCGCCUAGAAGGUAACUCUGAUCCCGACGCACCCGCGUUGGUCCUGGUCAACUCGGUUCUCACGACAUGGGGGAUCUGGGACGGUUUUCUGAAACACUUCUUCUCCCGCGCGCAGAACCAAAAGUACCGUGUCGUGCGCUUCCUCGCACGUGGUCGGGCCAUGCCGAGCGGCACCACGAGUCCUGUGACGACCGAGGUCCAGGCGUCGGACGUGAUUGCGCUCCUGGACGCUCUGAGAAUACCGCAGGCUGCCGGACUGGUGGGUGUAUCGAUGGGAGGAGCAACCGCAAUCGCAACGGCACUGACGUAUCCGUCGCGGAUCGCGUCGUUCAUAGCAUGCGACACUUCGGCGAAAUCUCCAGCGGGGAACAAAGAUACGUGGGGCCAACGUAUCGCCGUGGCCGAGAAGGAAGGCAAGACUCUCCGUCUUUCCUCCCUGUUUGGUGACGAGUCGCCCGACGCCAGCCCGCAACCGGUCGUCGGCGAGGAGCUGGCCGAGAUGACGGUGCGCCGGUGGUUCGUGCCGGAGUCGUACCACGAUCCUGCGCUCGUGCCGGAGAUUGAGAAGGUCAAGAAGAUGGUCGUCACAAACUCGCUGCCCGAGUUCCGACGCGGCGUGGAGACGCUGUUCGAUUACGAUUAUACGGACAUGCUACCCGGUUACGAGGGCCGAGGUGCGUUCCUCGUCGGUGCGGGUGACGGCGUCCUCCCCAAAGGGAUGGAGAAGUUGUCGCAAACGCUAGGAUCAGCGGUGGGAAAGACGGCCUCCUUCAAACUUGUCGAGGGUGCCGGGCAUUUACCAAUGGUGGAAAGACCUCAAGUGGUGGCCGAGUUUGUGGGCGACUUCAUCAACGCACCUUGAGAUGCACACCUAAACCAUCCAGGUAUGUAUGUAUGUGUUUGUGUAAUCGUACGUACAUAGGAUGAACAAAUGUAUGAAGCUUAUGGAUCGUGUAGUUUCUUGACUACCCA